CGGCUGAUCUGCGCUCUGAUUGAACUUGGUCAAAGUUCAGGACUGAACUGGACGUUUAUAUUCAUACUAAAUUGUAAUUUUUUUGUUGUUGUUGUUAAAUACGGUAAACGAUGAAGAAAAGAGCCGUUAAACAGAAUAUUUCGACCUCAGGCACUGGCAAGGAAGGCCAGAGGAACCCAAAAGUCAAGAGGAAGGAAGCAGAACCGGUCCGCUCUGGGCUAAAAAGGGGCUUAUUGGCCCUCUUUGUUGUCUUCAUUUUGGUGCCUGUCUCGUACAAAAUGCUCCCAGAAUUAAUCCAGCACUUUGUUUACACUCACCGAGUCAGCGUGCCGUUCUUUGUUGACCUCAGCCGACCUGCUGAUCUCUCCCUUAAUCACACCAUCAACAUGUACUUAACAUCAGAGGAGGGAAUUUCCCUUGGUGUAUGGUACACUGUGCCUGAACGUCGGUGGAAAGAGGCACAAGGGAAGGACUUAGCAUGGUACGAGAACGCUUUAAGCGAUGGAAGUCCAGUUUUCAUAUAUCUUCAUGGGAACACAGGCACAAGGGCAGCCGCUCAUCGGAUAGGAGUGGCAAAAGUAUUGAGUGCGCUUGGUUAUCACGUGCUGGUGCCUGACUACAGAGGUUUUGGAGACUCCACCGGGGAGCCGACUGAAGCCGGUCUGACCACUGAUGCCCUGUGCGUGUACAACUGGGUAAAAGCACGCAGUGGAAACAGCCUGGUCGUGAUCUGGGGACACUCUCUUGGCACUGGAGUGUCCACCAACACUGCAGUCAAGCUGCUUGCAGAGGGCGUGGUUUUCGAUGGUGUGAUCCUCGAGGCUGCAUUCAAUAGUGCUCGACAGAAAAUUCCAGUUCAUCCUUUCAUUUGGUAUUACUGGAAAUUUCCAGGCAUUGGAAGCUUUUUCAAAGCGCCAUGGGCAGAAAAUAAAAUUGUCUUUCCGACUGAAGAGAAUUUGAAGAAAAUGAAAAACCCCAUACUUUUCCUUCAUUCAGAGGACGAUCACAUGGUUCCUCUUCCGGUAGUUCAGCAGAUGUAUGAGGUAGCAGCAAGUGCCCAGAAUACAGAGCGAGUCAAGCUGGUGACAUUUGAGGGUUCUCUGGGAUAUCUACACAACGGCCUGUACAGAGACGCCCGUCUGCCCGACAUCAUAAAGAGGUUUGUGCUGUCGUUGUGACGCUGGAAAGACGACUGGAGCAGAAAAUCCAAAGAUGGAAUGCACUGAUUUAAUUUGAUCUCAUUUCAUUUGUAUACUGUAUUGAUUGCAUAAAGAUGUGAUUUAUUUUUAUGAUUCCAGAUAAUUUAAUUUUGAAUGUGUUGAAUGUUUUUUUUUAUUUUAGGAAGAAGCAUUCAGGAUUUGAUUGCAAACUGUGUUUUUUAAAUUGAAGACAAUCGUUUAAGAUUGUAAACUGCUGAUUUUUAUAAUUGUUAUUGAAGCUGGAAGUGUAAUUAGGAUGAGACAGUAGGUGCCCUCUGCUGUUCUGAGGUGAUAAUGCUCAUCUGCUGUUUAAUACCAGAUAAUCAGUCUGGUAAUCCGAGGCUUCAGAUGUUUAGGUGACAGUGACAUUUCAUGAUAAUUCAAAGAGAGCAGUUAAAAAAAAUCUCUCUGAUCACAAGUGUACUUUUAGAAAAAAAAAAUCUGAGUUUUGUCAUUGUAACCACUGAAUAUAGAGAGCAGUUAGAUAAGUUCAGUGAAUAUCUGCUCACAUAUCAGUGCAAUUUAAUCACAUCCUCUGUCAGCGAGCAGCUAACUGCAUGUCUGUCUUUUUGCUUCAAGAAAACACUCGUUAAAAUAUUCUCCCAUCUGGAUAUUAAGAUAAAGUAACUGCAGCCUUGCAGAAUUCAUGUAACACCAUUUUACGUCCUGGUAAUUAGAAAAAAAAAAAUGUGGCCAAGAUUGGUUCAGCUGUGUGUAGCACAAUUUAAAAUUGACUUGAACAAUCUAUAAACACUAAGCAGCUUCUCUGAGCCUGAAAUGUAAAGAAGAUUUAUGAGAGGAACUCUAUGGCUGCCACAUUAUAGUAACAUUAUCUGCAUUCUAAACUUUUGUAUUUUAAAAUUUGUACAAAAUAUGUUUAUGUAAAAUGUUCAAAAAGAUGUUCUUUUGAAGUGAAAAAAAAAAAGUCACCUCACUUGGGCUCUGAUUGUCAGAAACACCAGUUAUGUUGACUUAGUGUCCUAAAUGCUUCAGCAGAAAGAAACAAACCUUCCCUUCUGGUUCUUUAAGAAAUUUCCCCUUUCAUCCAAGAGGCUUCGUCACUUGUAACUGGCAAGUGGGGACUCAUUGCACAGUGCAGUCGUGACGUUCUUCCCCGGGCAGUUUCAUCACCAUUCACACUUUGAGUCAUGUGAGUUGGAGGUGAUAACAAAUACCUGGAACUCGCCACCAGUUGGGUAGAACUGAGGAAGCCAUUUGGAUAAGAGGGGAAACUUCUUAAAAACCACAGAUGAAAAACAGUUUCCUUCUGUUUGAAGCACUUGGAAUUACCCCGACCCGGUUGACUGAGAAUCUAUACAAACAUACUGACUUAAUGUGAACCAAGCCUCUUCUGUAAAUCCUAAUUGUGUAGCCUACCGUUUCUCAACAGGUGGAAAGUCAGUGUACCUGAGGAGAUGUAGCUUUUUGCUUUCAUUGGAGAAUGAUAUAGGCUUACAUUUAUCAAGAGUAUUCUGGUGUCAGAAUGAUUUUAAAGUAUCAGAACCUCUCAUUCACAGAGCUGUUGAUUUUAAAUGACAGUAUUUGAAGCACAAGAUCAUGUGUGAAGUCAAGGGAGAUAAAUCAGUCUCCUUUUGAAGACAAAAUUUGAGUUCUAUUAUUUCACCUUUUGUAAAAAUGUGUCUUUAAAGAGAAUAAAAUCUGAUUUGUACCACCA